AUGAGCGCAGUAGGGUCUAUAUUGACGAAAUUCGUUUCGCUUUUAUUUUUAAUGGGUUCAACCAUGUUGUUGAUAUUCAUCGUUUUAUCCGGUAGUAUCGAACAUAGUCCAGUUAAUGAGUUUUACUGGUUACAAGCAGACACUUCGAACAUUACCGGUGCUCCAGCGCUGUCCAGAUGGACUUUCUGGGGUCUCUGUGGUGUCUCAGGUAACAAGAACGUCAACUGUUCUUCUUUGGAACCAGCUUAUCCGUUAUCACCAGUUGAUGAUUUCGGUACUACAGAGGGAUUCCCCUCCGAUUUCGUUAACAACAGAGACACCUACUAUUAUUUGACCAGGUUCUCAUUCUGUUUCUUUUUGAUUGCUUUAGUUUUCAUCGGUGUCGGAUUAAUCUUUUACGUCUUGUCCUGGUGUUCUUACAGUUUCACCAAGACGGUGUUUGUGACCAUUGUUAUCGGUACUCUAUUGAACAUGGCUGCCAGUGCGUGUCAAACGGCUGCUACGGUGUUGGCCAAAAACGCUUUCAAAGACGCCGAUGUCUCUGUGGAUAUCGGUGUGAAAUUGAUGGCGUUCUCUUGGACUACGGUAGCGUUGAACAUUAUGCUUUUCUUCAUUACCGGUGCCUCUUUCAUCAGAAAGGCUUACAAGGCUCAUAAGGAAUUUGUCGAAUUGCAAAAUUACAAGGAACAAGCGUUGAGUUACGAGCAACAACAACAGCAGUUGCAAUUCCAACAGCAGCAGCAACAACAAGAUUUGGAAGCUACCGGUGCUGGUACUGCCAUCGAUGAGCCCCAGCCACAAGAAUCUCACCAGACCGGUAUCAAGUUCUUCAAGAUUAGAAGAACUCAAAAAUCUGAUGAAGAAUCGAUUUGA